AUGAAUGAUGUUCGUGAUAAAGUUGUUGCUGGAUCUUCGUCGUGGGAGGCUACACCAAAUCUUAGUGACUCUUCACCAGAGAUACAAUCAUCGCCUGGUGGUAGUGGUGAUACUCCACAAACUCCAGGUGCCCCAGCCCCUUUGGCUCCUCAUCUUGCUGCUGAAUUGCAUCCUGAUCUGCUACAACAAGGUUGGCGCAAGUAUUGGUCUAGAAGAGAAAACAGACCAUAUUUUUGGAAUAAAGUAUCUGGUGAAUCUAUGUGGGAAUUACCAGCAGUCAAAAGAGACUUUGAUCCAAUAACAGAUCCUCUUGGAAUAUGUCAUACAGGUCCUCCUAAUGCCGGUAAUGUUACUCCAAGUGCUACUAAGAGACGUCCUUCUGAAGACAAUGGCCCUCCAGCCAAAAAAUUUGUACUUGCCGGACCAUGGGAUAUUGAAGUACCUACUAAUGUUGUAAUAUAUGAACGCCCUCCAACUAUAUGUCCACACCCACAUCCUGAUAUUGAAGGAUUUCGGUUCACCUUAGCAAACAAAUUAAGGCAAUGCUAUCAAGAGCUAUGUCACACAAGAGAAAGUAUAGAUGCUCCGAAAGAUUCUUUUAAUAGAUGGUUAAUGGAGAGAAAAGUCAAUGACCAAGGUGGUUCUGAUCCACUACUUCCAAGUCAUUGUUUCCCUGAAAUAUCAAGAUCUAUGUAUGAAGAAAUUAUGAAUGAUAUACCAAUAAAACUAACUCAUCCAAAAUUUACUGGUGAUGCUAGAAAACAACUAUCACGCUAUGCUGAAGCAGCUAAAAAAAUGAUUGAAUCUAGAAAUGCAUCACCUGAAAGUCGCAAAGUAGUUAAAUGGAAUGCAGAAGACACAUUUCAAUGGUUAAGGCGUACUGUUGGUGCUACAUAUGAUGAUUUUCAAGACAGAUUAGCACAUUUAAGAAGACAAUGUCAACCACAUUUAGCUGAGACUGCAAAAGCUUCAGUAGAAGGAAUUUGCCUUAAGAUUUAUCAUUUAUCUGCCGAGUAUGCACGUAAAAUAAGAGAAAAACAUGGAGUUCUCUUAAAAGAGAAUGGAAUACAGGAGCUAGCAGCGCCCCUGCAGCAGGCGGCGCUGCGCAAGGUGUGGUGCUACCCUGUGCAGUUCGCGCUGCCGGCGCCGCGCUCGCCGCUCGUGGAGCACUUCCUCGACCGCGACCAGGCGCUGCUGCGGUACCUCGGCGAGACGCAAGUGCUCAACGCUUCUUAUUUGCAGAAACUUGAGUACCUGUACAGAUACAGCUGCUUCGACGAUAAGAAGUUCGAGCAGUUCCUGUCGCGCGUGUGGUGCGUGCUGCGGCGGUACGCGGCGUGGGUGGGCGCGGCGGGCGCGGGCGCGGGCGACGCGCACGUGGCGCAGAUGGCGCUGCCCGUGCCCGUGCUGGAGUGCCUGCACCGCUGCUUCGGGGUCACCUUCGAGUGCUUCGCGAGCCCCCUCGACUGCUACUUCCGGCAGUACUGCUCGGCCUUCGCUGACACUGACUCGUAUUUUGGUUCGAGAGGGCCCUUUUUGGAGCUGCGGCCGGUGGCGGGGUCGCUGGUGGCGCACCCGCCCUACUGCGAGGAGCUGCUGGAGGCUGCGCUCCGGCACAUGGAGCGCCUGCUGCAGGACUCGGCCGAGCCGCUCAGCUUCGUGGUGGUGCUGCCCGAGUGGCCCGACCGCCACACGCACGCGCUGCACAAGCUGCAGGCCAGCCAUUUCAAACGGAAACAGGUUGUAAUACCUGCUUUUGAACACGAAUAUCGUCACGGUUUUCAGCAUAUACUACCAAAGAACGAAGUGUACUUCCGGUGGGGCGGCGGCACCGUUGUGGUGUGGCUGCAGAACGCCGCGGGCUUCGCGCGAUGGGGGCCCACCGACGAGCGUGUGGAGGCCCUCCUCGACGCGUGGCGCCCUCGCGCCAAGCUGCGGGCGGGGGACACCACUGAAGACGCGCCUGUCGCCCCCCACGCUCCCCCCGCACCACCCGAGAAACGCCUACAA